AUUUUUAUAUGGAUACCGCUGACCGCAAGUAUUUAUCCACUUUGGGGUAAUAUGGAUGCUGUGAUCGGGUGCCUUUCUAUUAGCAUUCCACUAAUAAUUGCUAUGAUGAAACUUGUAAUUUUUUAUUACUACAAGAAAGAAAUGAAAAUAUUUAUUGACUUAAUUGCUAAAGACUGGACAAUAACCAGAAGAGACAAUGAAAGGAUACCGAUGAUAAAAAUGGCUACUUUGAGCAGAACUAUUUCAAUUAUUUCAGUUUUUCUUAUCAACAUAACUAUCAUUGCUUACUUUUUAUUCAAAAUAUGGAUGGCGAUACAAAUGAAAAAACAACAAGUAAAUCAUAAUUCAAAUGUAGUUAAUGAUCUUCUGUACCCUGCUUACUUACCGUAUUCUACAAAAGAAUUAAAAUAUUAUUUACCCACUUGGGCAAUUCAGUGCUUUACCACAUAUUUUUCAACAACAGCCUAUGCUUCGUUUGAUAGUUUUAUGUCAAUGAUUUUGUUGCACAUUUGCGGCCAGUUGGCAAUUAUUGGAAUAUCAAUUAAAAAUCUUGUGAAUGAGACAAAUUUUAAAAAUAUCUAUAAAUUUCGAUGGUGUCUAGGGCAAAUUGUUAAACGUCACGAGGAACUCAAUCAAUUUAUUGAACUUCUUGAAAAUUCGUUUUGCUCAAUUUUGCUUCCGCAAAUGCUUGUAUGUACAUUAGCAUUUUGUUUUCAAGGAUACAUGUUAACAAUGAAUUUGGUGGAUAGUGCAAACAAUAAUAUGUCAAUCCUUGAAAUUAUGUUUUUCAGUUCAUAUAUGAUCUACACUAUUUUGCAUCUGUUCAUUUAUUGUUAUAUUGGUGAUUUGCUUUCUUUUCAAAGUACACUAAUAACUCAGACAUGCUAUGAAAGUAACUGGUUUAAUUUACCUUUUCGAGAAGCGCGCUUGUUGAUGAUCAUCAAUCAUCGUUCUUACAAACCGCUCACAAUAACAGCCGGAAAAUUUUGUUCAUUUUCCAGACAUCUUUUUAUUAUGAUUUUAAAAACUUCAUUUGGAUAUUUAUCGAUGCUAUUAGCCGUCAAACAAUAA